AAAUAACAGAAUUUAUAUCCGAUAACUAGUGAUUUCCUCUUGUCUAUAUUAAAUUUAGGUUUAUGAUAAUAUCAAUACACUUUUCAUUUAUUUUACUCCGAUUAGGGCAGGUGUUGGUGAAGGCGUCGGAAUUGUAGUUUUCUGUCAUUGGCAGCUAUGGCGGAGGUGGUGGUCACCGAAUCUGUAGGCUCUGAUGUAAAUACAGCUGUCAAUUCUACGAUGGCAUAUUUACAAGACGAGAUCAAGAACGAGUCGGACCAGAUGCCUGCUCUGAACUUGGGAGACCUGGACAUAACCACGGAUGAGUUUAUCUUAGACGAAGUCGACAUUCACAUCCAGGCGAACCUUGAGGACGAUCUGGUGAAAGAGGCUUUGAAAACGGGCGUGGAUCUCAGGCAGUACUCCAAGCAGGUGGAGACGGAGCUGCAGCGUAUUGAGCAAGCCUCCAUCAAAGACUAUAUCAAGGAGAGCCAGAACAUCGCCUCCCUGCAUAACCAGAUCACUGCCUGUGACUCCAUACUGGAGCGGAUGGAGGGCAUGCUGAGCGGUUUCCAGAGCGACCUCUCCUCCAUCAGCAGCGAGAUCCAGACGCUGCAGCAGCAGUCCGUCAGCAUGAACGUGCGGCUGAAGAACCGCCAGGCCGUCCGCUGCCACCUCAGCCAGCUGGUGGACGAGCUGGUGGUGCCCGGCGCCAUGAUCUCGGUGAUCCUGGAGAGCCCCGUGACGGAGCAGGAGUUCCUGGAGCAGCUGCACGAGCUCAACAACAAGAUCAACUUCGCCAAGGAGCUGAGCUUCCGGGAGACCCUGGCCUGCUCCGACAUCCAGGACAUCGUGGACCGGCUCAAAAUCAAGGCCGUCUCAAAGAUCCGGGAGUUCAUCCUGCAGAAGAUCUACUCCUUUCGAAAGCCCAUGACCAACUACCAGAUCCCACAGAACACUCUACUCAAGUACAGGUUCUUCUACCAGUUCUUGCUGGCAAACGAGAGGCAGGUGGCCAAAGAGGUUCGGGAUGAGUAUGUGGACACCAUGAGCAAAAUCUACUACAGCUAUUUCAAAUCGUACAGUGGGAGACUGCUCAAAGUGCAGUACGAGGAGGUGGCUGACAAAGAUGAUCUGAUGGGGGUUGAGGACACAGCCAAGAAAGGUUUUUUCAGCAAGCCAUCACUGAAGAGCAGGAACACCAUCUUCACUGUGGGCCAGAGGGGGGCAGUGUUGAGCCCUUCAGAGCUGGAGGGACCCAUCCUCAUUCCUCACACUGCACAAAGAGGAGACUGCAGGUACCCCUACGAGACGCUGUUUCGCAGCCAGCACUACGCCCUAUUGGACAACGGCUGCAGGGAGUACCUCUUCCUCUGCGACUUCUUCAUGGUGGCCGGGAACUCCGCGCUGGACCUCUUCAACUGCAUCAUGGGAAAGACCCUCAGCAUGUUCCUGAAGAGCAUGUCCACCUAUGUGUCUGACUGCUACGACAGCAUCGCGGUCUUCCUCUGCAUUCACAUCAUCCUGCGCUUCAGAGCCAUCACCGCCAAGAGGAACAUCCCUGCCCUCGACAAGUACUGGGAGGCUGUUCUGGAGCUGCUGUGGCCCAGGUUUGAGCUGAUCCUGGAGAUGAACAUCCAGAGCAUUCGCAACACUGACCCUCAGAAACUGGGCCUGCUGGACACCAGACCCCACUAUAUCACGCGUCGUUAUGCCGAGUUCUCCUCAGCUAUCGUCAGCAUCAACCAGACAUUCCCCAACCAGAGGACCAAUGCCCUGCUGGGCCAGCUACAGGCUGAAGUGGAGAACUUUGUCCUGAAGAUGGCAGCAGAGUUCCCUUCCAGGAAGGAUCAGCUGAUCUUCCUCAUCAACAACUAUGACAUGAUGCUGAGCGUGCUGAUGGAGAGAGCAGCAGAUGACAGUAAGGAAGUGGAGGGCUUCCAGCAGCUGCUCCUGGCUCGGACGCAGGAGUUUAUUGAGGAGAUUCUCUCUUCUCCCUUUGGUGGAAUGAUUGCCUUCGUGAAGGAGAGCGAGGCGCUGAUGGAGAAAGGGCAGCUGGACAGGCUGAAGAACGAUGAAGCUCGGAUCACCCAGCUGGUCCGGGGCUUCUCCAGCACAUGGAAGCAGUCCGUUGAGGCUCUGAGUCAGGACGUCAUGAGGUCCUUCACCAACUUCAAAAACGGCACGGGCAUCAUACAGGGGGCGCUGACGCAGCUGAUCCAGUACUACCACGGCUUCCACAAGGUCCUCUCCCAGCCCACGUUCCGCAGCCUGGCCGUGCGCUCCGAGCUCAUCAACCUGCACCACCUCAUGGUCGAGGUCAAGAAGCACAAGCCCAACUUUUGAGGAGGGUGGGCGUGGCCUGGGAAAGAAGGGGAGGGGCAGGGGGAGGGGCUUGACCAUCCAGGAAGGGGAGGAGCCAGGGAGAGAAAGGAGGACAGAGGAGGAAGCGAAGUCGAUCUGUAUGGCCUCACCGGUCACAUGACACUGACUCCACCAAUCACAGCAGCUGGCUUUGGCUCUAGACCUUUGCUUUGUUGAGUAUUGGAUUAAUGCUCAUAAAUGUGUUCUAUGAACUCUCCUGUUGGCUCUCUUAUGUUGAGACCAUGUGGUUCCUCUAGUUUUUUUUCUUGUGUCCUUGUGGAGGGAACCUGUGGGGGGGGGGUGAGAGUGGGGGGGUCGGAUGCCAAUGUACAGGGGAUGAAAGGGAAGGAGGGAGGGGUGGAAUGAGGAAGGAAGUGGACGGAACAAUGACUGAACAGAAGGGGGAGGGUAGUGGCGGGAAAAUGAGGCUCCAUGAAAGGCAGAGCUUCCCCGAGGCAGCUUUUCAUUGGUUCGAUGCCUGUGAUUGACAGCUCACUGUAUCUCCUCCCACUUCGGGGUUAGGGAAAACCAACCAUCAUCACUGAGAGACUUUCCAGUUUAUUCUACGUUCCUCUUUUCACCUUCCCUUCAUCUCUCUGUUCCUACCUCCCUCAUCUCUCCUUUCCUUUCCUCUUUAUCUCUCUAUUCUAUGCCUUUCUGACCAAGAGAUUUAAUGGGGAAUUAUCGAUACUGUAAUUAUAAUGAAGGUCAUAGGUCAAGGCUCAUAGGUGACAGUGUAAGAAUAUCCCAUUGAUUUAAGUGAGAUGUGAAAAACACUCCAAACAUCUGAGUCAGUUGAUGUCUGUGCAAAUAUUGGUUUGGCUACGAUAGCUAAAAAUACAUCACGCCAUAAAUGCAAAACCUGAUUGCAAGAUGCCCUUCAGAGCAUUCAUUUUUUAAUCGUAAUUUGUUCUUCCCCCCCUACAUGAAAGGUUUUUUUCAGGGCAUGAAAAUGCCACUAUCUUACUCUGGAGUGGGGGGAAACUGCCCUGGUGACACAAUUUAUGAGAGUAGCACAUGCAUUUGGACAAAGAUUGAGCAGAAGGUUGAGUUGAGUGGCAGUUGUACAUCCUCUUCCCCCGUAAGUGUGAAUUCCAAGUUCAUUGGUUGGAAUAACUGUUGUAAUCCUUUAUUAAAUCAAAAGGCAUUUGCUUAUGAAAUAAGUGUGUAAUCUCAUAUGAAUGUACAUAUAUAACAGGCUGGUAGCAGAGCUGGGGUUUUUGUUUAUUUUAUUUCAGUGCUGCGCUUGCUGUAAAAUGCUUAUUGUUUUUAAUAAUUGCGGCAUUGUGGCGAGAGUUUUCGCACUGUCCGCUCGGUCUCGGGGGGAGACGCCGGUCAGUUUCCUGGGUCAGCUCGCUGGGCCUGGAGACACUGAAGCUGCUUUUGAAGAGACUGAAGUUCGGGCCCUGGAUCCGGGGGCCCUGAGAUCCCGCUGGAGCGAGUCGUCAGGUCCCCUGUCCCGUUUGAGUCGUUAGUCUUUACGUCCCCUGUGCUGCUUCUGAUUAAAUAAAAUUCAGCUGGCCUACUCAUCA